AUGGAAUAUAUCAAGGAAGAGCCUCUGGAUUCUUUAUACUCCAACGUCAACGGUUCCAUGCCACCUUCGCAUGUCCGCAAAAAGAAGCGACUCGGUGGCUUCCUCCAUGACACGCUCUUGGAAACCGGCGGCAAUGGCUACAUUGGAGCGCACCAGACCGACAUGCUCUUCGACGAAUUCGACGACUGUGUCCUAGAUGGUCCGAGCCCUAUUGCUGCGGGACCAAGCACUACACACAAGCAACCGGUGAACAGCGAUAGUGAGGCCCAUCGCCUUCCUUACCAGCCCAAUUCUCAGGCCUGCAGUAUGAUUCACCCGGCUCCAAAGGGUAUCUUGGGACAAUGUUUCUACACUACCGGCAUGAUCGUGAGCAGCGAAGUGUGUGUGGAAGUCACGAAGAUGCUCUUCGACACCGAUAUUCAUCUCUACAUCGCCGGCAUCGACCAGAAGAUCUCCGCCUAUGUUGACAAUUCUUAUACCGGACGCCAUCUUCUGAUCGGCCAGCAGUCACUCGCUCAGUUCUCCGUGCAGUCGAACCACUGCUUUGGUGCUCGUCAAGGACAGCGCUGGACUAUCGCACAGAACAUGACCGGACUUCGCAAGCGUCGCGUUCUCCUUGUGGAGGACCCACAGCAGACUCCGACGAAGCUGCAAGUGUUCAGUCACCAAGAAGGGCUACGCAGGGCAGAGACACCUGGAGAGACGGCGACCGAGCGCAAGAGCCGUGAGGUUCUCAAACGAUCUGAAACUCGCCAUGAGCGCCUCAAGAAGCGUCACGGUGCUAGGCUCGCAGAACGAUACCGCAACGAAACGGAACCUAUAUGGGAUCUCCUCUGA